AUGAAAUCACCACUACUCACCCCGCUCCGCUCGCUGAGCCACACCCCCGCCCCGCCGACCCCCGCAGACAUCGAGGAGGGCUUCGACCUCUCGCCGCCACUUACGACACCGAACGACCUCGAGCGCUACUCUGCAUUCCUGCACCACCUGCGCAAAGAGUACAAGGACGACCCAGGCGUACGUGAGGACCCGGACUACGAGGGAAUCGGGGGCAUCGUGUUUGACGUGCGCGGCGAGCACCCGUGGAUUCCGUACGACGGACGCCGCUUCCGUCGCUUCUCGGCGACGCUGCACUCGCCAACCUCGACGCCGGGAGUGCGUGGCGCCGGCGGCGCCGACGACUACCUCGCCCGUGUGGAGGGCAUUGCACGCCACUACUUCGGCCACAGAGUGCACUCGUGGUCCGAGGCGUGCGAGACCGCGGGGUGGCGCAAGCACGGCGUGUACAACUGGAUGGAGGUGCGGCAUGCGGUGCUGCACGUGUUCAAAGAGGAUGAGGAGAGGUCUAAGCACGAUAAUAAGGCGCCGGAGAUGGCGGUAGAUGCGCCAAAGGCCGCCCAGCCCCGGGUCGUUGUAAGGCCUGCGUAA